AUGGAAAACUACAACAGGACACCCAUGGUGGAGGUGGUGGACGACCAUGCAGACUGCAGCAGCAGCUACUACUGCAGGCUAUCCCACUACAAUGCAGCUCAUUUUCGACCUACGACAACACCCCCACAUGCCUCAACUUCAGCUCUCAGCAAACUACCUUUGCAGUUUUCCUUACUGGUGGACCGCCCCAUUCCUUCAUGUCAAGAGGGACUUUACAUACCAAGGUUUGUAUAUCCAACACCCCAGAAUGGGGAACGCAUCUAUGCAGAGAUCAACAAAGAAGUGGAUAUCAGAGUCAAAGCACAAGCUAUUUAUGCAAAAAUACAUGGCAUCAUCAUGAGUGGACUAAUAAAUGUCAAUAAGCACAAAACCACGCAUGACGAGUUCGUCAUGAGGUGGAUACCCAGGCCUGAAGAUGCGGGUGGACAUUAUACACUGUGCUUUGCUGUUGAAUCACAGAACAAUCAAAUAGUCUAUCAGUCUGAAAUGAGAUGUGUUCUGCUUGAUGCUCAUAACGAGACACUUAAAGUUAAAGUGACCUGCACUGAGUCCAGUAUGAGGGUGGAAGUUGAAAAAACUUCACUUCAUGGGAUCCAUAUAGAUCACCUACGUCUCAGUGAUCCUGGCAACAUUGAGUGCAGUCUUCAAAGACACUCCAACAGCACACAUGUCAUUGCUGUCAUACCGCUCAAUGCUUGUGGCACCCAAGUGGAGGAAGAUGAUGAAAAUCUCAUUUUCAAGAAUGAAAUAAAUACUCUGGACAAUCCCUACAACAUCAUCACCAGGAAACACAGGCUGGAAGUAGAUUUCCACUGCCAGUAUCCCAAACGAGGAAAUGUGACGCAGAGUUUCAAUGCACACAGGAAGACAAUCACAGUUUGGGAAAAGGGGUUUGGCAUGUUCAUCUACCUGUUUGAGUUCUACCAAAACGACCAGUUCCAAAACAUGAUUAGUCCAAGCCUUUAUCCUCUGGUAUAUAUACUAGGGAGCAGGAUUUACAUGAAGAUAGAGGCAUCUUCUUCAAUCAACAGCACAGAACUUUUUGUGGAAUCGUGCAGAGCUGCACCGUAUGAUAAUCCCAAUUUUCGGCCGACAUACUCGAUCAUUGAAAAUGGAUGUGCAGUGGAUCCAACAGUUCAGAUCUACUACCCUGCUCAUGAACACGAAUUCAGGUUCAGCAUUGAGGCCUUCCAUUUCAUUGGAUUGCAUGAUCAUGUGUACAUCAGCUGUUCAGUCUUGAUGUGUGAGGCAGGGAACGCUUACACCAGGUGCUCGCAGGGAUGCAUCAACACUACAUGGACAGACACUGGCCACCGUCGUAAAAAGAGAGCUGUUAUCCAGACUCCCAACCACUUUGUUUCUCAAGGGCCACUCCGCCUUCAGAAAUCACCAGAGAGUAAUGAAAGCACAGUGACAAAUUUCAACUUGAACCUCAUCUUCAUCGCUGGAUCUCUUCUGGCAAUUUUUGGGAUGAUUAGCACUGUUGUCAUGUACAAAAUCAAAAUGUCAAGCCUUAAAUAUCAACGUUUGCCAACCUCUGAAAGCUAAACACUUACAGGUGCACCUGUAGAAAAACCCUUCUAUAUUAUUCUCAACUAAAGUUUUAUUUUGAGCUUGUUUGUCACAUGUAUCUGGGUGUGAAAAAUAAGGGUUAGGGAUGCACAUCGAUUGUUGAUUGAAAUGGACGACUUGCAUCAAAAUGAUUAACCUUUAAAAAUGUUCCCACAUAUUUGUAAUUGUUGGUUGCCGACAUAAUGACAUUGAAUAUCUUGUAAUUGCUUGCUGAAAAUAUUCAGGACUUCUGCUCAUUUUAUCGAUUAUUCUACAGUACAGUGCACUGAAACCAGCAUGCCAGCUGUUGUUGAGCAUUAGUUUGUGACAUUAAUAAUGA